AAUGCAUAACCCAUAGUUGCCAAAAAACCCUAGCAUUGGCUCCUGAUUAUAAAUAUCGCAAGGCUGCACUGCAGUAGUGCACUUCACCUCCACCCCCGGCCAUAUCUCCUCAUCAGCGAGAACGAGAGAUCGAGAUGUCGUCGUUGUUCAUCCUCGGGUGCCCCGUCCUGUGCCUGCCUGGAGGCGCCGGCCAUGGUGGUGGUGCUGGCCGUGGCCGUCUCCUGCCGCCGCCGGUCGCGCGCUUCGCCGGCGCCGGCCGUCCCCUCAGGCUGACGGUGGCACAGGCGGCUGCUAACCCAGGUCCAUGGCUGGCCUGGGACGACGACUCCACCAAGGUGACGCCGUACAAGGCCAUCGCAUGGUCAGCUGCAGAGGCGCUGGACCUCCUGGAGCAGACUCCGCCGCCAUCGGCCGGGAGCGCCGCAAGCCAGGACGUGCAGGAAAUAAUCGGCACGUUCAAGAACCUCAAGGAGCUUGCUGAUUCCGAUGAGGUGCCGAUGGAGCCCCUGGCGGCGACGUGCACGCUGCUGAGGUACCAUUGGUACCUUUGGCAGUGCUACCACGGCGACCCAGUCACAAGGGGAUUCCCGGACGGGCUCCUCAGUUUCCUGCACAGCUGCAUCAGUUUCGCUUGCGGCCCCGAUGGCUACGCGCUGCCAUACUACCUCAACAUUUUCGGCAUCAAGGCCGACAAGCUCCCCAAGGAGGCGUGGGCCAAGGAUUUGGUCACAGUCGCGAUGUAUGCUUCCCAGGGUACCCGCCUCGUCGUGGGUAAACACGAGAAGCAUCUUCUGGAUGUUUUCAGGAUGAGGCUCAUUGCAGAUGAGGGGAAACAGGAGGAGGAGUCCAAGAUUCGGGCGGAGGAGGCCAGCCACCGCAAAUGGCGCCCCGACCACUUCGUCGACGACGAUGACGACGGCAUGCUCGGACUUGGGGGCGUCUGACGACCUCCUUCCAAGCGAAGCCGGCCACAAAAUCUAUGCCAUUGCCAUUUGCCAACUGAGUAGACAUUAGUUAUCUUAUCUUAGAGUAUGUUUAUGGUUAGGUGUUGUUACUUUAGCCUUCUGAUAUGAUGGUGUCUUGAUUAUCACUGCUUUAUGGUUACGUGUUACCAGACUUCUCCUUUGCUUUAUGCUCACUAUAUUAAUCCAUUCGCUAGCAAUGGGUACUCUGUUCCUUUGCAACUCCAGUAUUACUGCUAUUAUAUCAGAAUAUGCA